AUGGUGCACUCGCCAUCCCCUCCCGGGCCCAGCCCGCCCUCUCCCUCCCCGUCGCACCCCCCGCUACCCGACCUCCCCACGGCGGACCCCAUCGAUUGGGACGCCCUGCGCCGCCGCAGCCUCGCCCCAGGCGGCUUCGGCAGCGCCAGAGCUGCCAUAUGGCUCCGCCUCCUGCACGUCCGCGACGUCGACUGCGCCCUCGACUGCGACGGCGACCGCGACGGCGACGGUGAGGCGCACCCAGACGAGCGCCAGAUCCGCCUCGACACGGACCGCAGCUUCGUCCUCUACCCAACAGGUCUGCCUUUCCUCUCCUCCUCCUCCUCCUCCUCCUCCUCCUCCUCCUCCUCCUCCCUACUGACCCGCCGCACGCGCGCCAGACGACUCCCCCGCAGACCACGCCCAGCGCCAACACGCCCUCAACGCCCUCGUCACCGCCCUCUUCCGCCGCCACCCCGGCCUCAGCUACUUCCAGGUCCGUCCUCCCCCCGUCGCCGCCGCCGCACACGCACACGCGCCCCGCUCACCCGCGCCAGCCAGGGCUUCCACGACAUCGCCUCCGUCCUCCUCCUCACCCUCCCGCCGCGCGCCCAGCUCCCCGCCCUCGCCCGCCUCAGCCUACACCGCCUCCGCGACGCCAUGGGCCGCACCCUCGAGCCCCUCCUCGGCCUCCUCCGGUGCGCCCCCGUAGUCCCUCCUUCCACGCGCCCCGCUCACUCUACCCCCCCCCCCCCCCCCCCCCGGGCCGCCCCGCCCGACAGCGUCCUCAUGCGCCUCCUCCGCCUCGCCGACCCCACCUACGCCGCCCUCCUCGAAUCCGUCGCCCCGCUCCCGUACGCCUCGCUCUCCCACCUCCUCACCCUCUUCGCGCACGACGCGCCCUCCCUCGCCUGCGCCCAGCGCAUCUUCGACUACCUCCUCGCGCGCCCGCCCGUCGCGGUCGUGUACCUCGCCGCUGCGCCGCUCCCGACACCGAUGCGCGUGCGCGAGGACGCGGGACGCGGAGCAGAGCGCUAUAGCGGGGGCGCCGCGGCGUCUUGUUGCGUCUUGCAUUCUUGCAUCUCCAUCCGUGCCUCUCGCCCGAGUUUGGGAGAUGUGACGCUCGCGCGCCGCGCGGAGGUGCACGAGCUCGCGGAUGCGGGGGAGGAGGGCAUGGUGCACGCCGUGUUGAGCGGGUUGCCGGAUUUUGCUGAUGACGGGGAUGAUGACGGGGAUGACGGCCAUGAUGACGAUGACGGUGGCGGUGACGACGACGACGAUGACGAUGACGACGACGAUGACGGUGACGAUGGCGGUGACGGUGGCGAUGACGGUGACGGUGGCGGUGACGGCGAUGAUCACGCUGCGCAGCAGGACGCGCGGGAUGCCCCGCGCGCACAGGACGUCACCGCGGGCGCGCACGGUACGGCCAACGGCGGCGACGGCGACGAGCGAGAAGUGCAGGGCGAGCGCGCACCGGGCCUGGCCUCUAUCCCGCCGCCGCAGCCCGCCGACCCGCGCGACCCAGCAGACGUCCCGCGCGAUCCAGCAGACGUCCCGCUCCCCCCCUCGCCGCCGCCGACUGCGCCUCUGCGAGAUCAGGCGGCGCGCGUGCAGCCCCUCGACCCGACGCGCGUGCCCCUCCCGCCGUCCCCGCCGCCUUCGCGCCCUUGUACACCCCAGCUCGCGUCACCCGCACCCGCACCCGCACCUGCACCCGCACCCGCACACACACCCACGCCGGCGCCCGCGCCCGCAUCGGCACCCCACGCUCCCAGCCGACCCCCGCACGCCCCGAAACCGACCCACUCCCUCCGCGCGCUGCUCGCGCACGCCGACGCGCUCAUAACGCUCUACCCCGCGUCGCACCCCGCGCUGCGCCUCGAGCGCACCCUCGGGCCCGCGAGCGCCGUGCGCACGUGGCGCGAGCACGCGCUCGGGGGCGCGGGCGGGGACGGGGACGCAGAGGGGGGCUGGGACUGGGCCGCGGCGGACGCGGACGCGGAGGCUAUCGUGGUGCGGGGCGCCGACGUCGUGGUGCCCGCGGACGAGUCGGACGAGGAGGGGGCCGACGACGCGGACGACGACGCAGGCGAGGACGAGGACGAGGGCGAGGACGGCGACUGGGCGGAGGAGGAGCACGAGCGCGAGAAAACGAGCUGGUUCCGCCUCCGCCGCCGGCGCACGCCGCGCGCGCCCGCCUCCGCGGACGAAAAACCCGCCCCCGGGGCGCGCGGGCGCGCGAAGAAGCGGCUGCCGCGCGCGCACGGCCCGCAGUACUGGCGGUGGCGGCGGCGGCGCGACGCGCGGCAGGCGCUCGUGGGCGCGAGCGCGGUGCUCGUGCUGGGGCUCGCGGUCGCGGUUGCGCUGUAUGGGUGCGGGUAUGGCGGUGGGCGCGGGUGUGGAGGUGCCGGGUUUGGGUUUGGGUUUGGUAGGGGUGUUGGUGGGGUCCGGGAGGGCCUGGAGAGUGUAGUGAGGCUCGUUGGUGCGUUUGGGGGGUUCUAGGUGGGCCUCGCGCGGUAACUUAGGGGGAUGGAUGGAUGGACGGGCGGGGUUGAUCACGCAUUGUUAAGAGCUUGCAUCCUUGUUUUGUAUUUAGGAUCGCUUUUAUCACUUUCCGAGCUU